CAUAUCAGGUACAUCAUCACGACGACUACACAAUCACAUCAUACAUCUCGGGAAUACCACCGCUCGGAUCACCUUCCACCUAUUGGCUAGCACAUUAAGGUUCGUAAUCCCUUGUCUUGCCUUCCAGUCACCAAACUGACUCAUUUUCUUAGGCAUAUAUUUCUGCCUACACAUAACAAACAUGCCUUCCUCAUCGCAUCUCCGCUUGCAGCGCGACUUUGAGCCCUUCUCUGCUGAGACCACCGCCUCCCACUUCAUCUCCUCGCCGCCCCAGAAGGAGCAAAAGAUGUCUCUCACCCAAACCUACUACAUCGCCGCCUCUGCUCGCUCUAAGCUGGGUAAGGAAGCCUGCAGGGCCGACCACGACCUCCGCCUUCUUGUUGGACACGCCAACCUCCUCGACAGCCUCAUGAUCGAACUCCAAGACGCUGAACGCCAGCAAGAAGCAUGGUUCAACCAGACCAUGACCAAGGCCUCCAAGACUGAGGAGCCCCGACACAUCCACUGGGCCGACAGCAUCGCUGAGGAGGAUGAGGAGUCUGAUUCUGACUCCGAGUCUGAGUGCGAGGAUGAUUUCGACAUGAUCCCUAUGCCCCGCCGCAUUGCACAAGCACCCAUCCAGAUCUCCACAAUGGAGAUCGACGAGGACGAGGAUGAGGAGGAGUACUAUGACGACAUGGAGGACGACGCCGAGCUCACUCUCACUCGUGUUCCCUCGCAAAUCCAGUCACCACCUGAGCUCGUCUACGAAGAAGACUCCGAGGACGACACACCACCCACAUCGCCGCCCACAGCAUCGCUCGAGUUCUCCGAGAAGGAGGCCAUGCUUACAACAACAUUCUACGCUGGCAAGACACAAUCGAAUUACCUCGAAGACGAGCGCCCGCUGUUCAUGGACACAAAUGCUCCGCUCAUCUCAAGUUACUAG